AUGGGGAGCCCUAGGCAGCAUCUGCGUUCGAGUCCGGAUGCCUCUCAAGCCUCACGCGACGCCGCUCUCUCAGGCGCCAAUCUAGCCUUCAUCAAGUCUCUGCCGCCGCGCGAGGCUCUUGCCUAUCUCAACAAGCGCUCACCGCCGCGACUGCCCACCGAGAAACAGCUGCAGAGCGUCCCGCCCGCUCCCAACCAUCCUGUCGCCCGCCAUGACGGACCCGUCAGCGCCCGCACAUCGCCGGACCACCUGAGGCUGCCCAAAAGACCACCGCACAAUACCGCUGCUUCGGCGUCGAGCCUGACCGCUACCAUCGCUGCCGCUCGCGCCGCCCCGAACCUCGUCAAUGCCUCUUCUCGCCCAUCUGUCAAACCUCCUGUUCGCGCCGCCGGAAAUCUUCCUCCGCCGACGGCGCCCAAGAGGACAUCUCCGGACAAACCGGAUGUGACGCCUAUACCAUCGACAAGCUCGCUGGUCGAGCUGUUUGAGCCCAAACAAGCACGUUCAUUACCCGCCAUCAAGUCUCCGAAGCCGCUACGCAAGACUCUGCUCCUACGGAACCAGACCCUCGAGCCCAUCACGACCCGCUUGGAGCAGACAUACAACGAGAGCUCCGGCGAUGAGGCCUAUGAGUCCGCCCGAGACCACUUAUCGCCCGACCAGCCACACAAGCCCAGUCUGCCGCCACCCCGUCGCCCCAUUCCGCGAGCCGACAGCAAACUUCAUGGACUUGCAGAGCCCGAGAUCCAUGUACAGCCGCCUUCUCGCACCAUCUCGACCAGCAGGAAUACAACCCGCUCUCCACCCCGUCGCUCGCUCUCCCCCGACCCCUCACAUCUGUCAAUAGCCACCACCAAGCCCCUUCCGAUCAUCUCUCGUAAUUACUCGCCCAACCACCUGACAGACCCUGGUCAUCCCUCCAUCACUGCUGCUUACCACCAGCUACACCCUCGUCGCAUGACUCCACUCAAGUCUGGUGACUCGCUCGCCAACGCCAUCGUUGCUUCAAGUCUUGCCUCCUCCCGAGCUCCUUCACCUAUGAAAAUCCCGCCUUCGCAACCAGCUCGACGCACAUCGCACACCAAGCUUUUCACCCGGACCCCGAGUCCCAAGAAAGCUAUGCGCCACACCAUGCGCAAACCCGCCUCUGACUCGGACAGCGAACAGGACGACGAGGAUCCUUAUUCCAAGCACAAGAAGAAGAGAUGGGUCAAGAAGCAUCCCAACAAACAUCACGAAGGUGACAGGAAACGCUGGCGAGAUGCUGUUACCCAGUCCGAACGGAAACGCUACGAAGGUCUUUGGGCCGCCAACAAGGGCAUUUGCGUCCAGUAUACUGCCGACGAGCUGCUCAUACUCGCUGCGCAUCCAGAGUCCAAGGAGAGCGAUAGGAUCCGUGCUGAUGUCAGCGAUCAGAUUGCAGACAUCGUGGCACGGGAUAUUUGGACGCGGAGUCGACUGCCCUUGCACGAGUUGGAGCUGAUCUGGGACUUGGUCGAUAAUCAACAAUGCGGACGUCUGCACCGAGACGAAUUUGUUGUCGGCUUGUGGCUGAUUGAUCAAAGGCUCAAAGGCCGAAAGAUUCCUGUCAAGGUCACCGAUAGUGUCUGGAACAGUGUGAGAUUGAUUUCUGGCAUCAAGCUGAGGAAAGCUUGA